AUGCCGUCUCCUGCAACGCCGAAUCGCCCCUCCAAAGCUGGAGGGACUACCAAACCUACGAAGCCGCUCGACAUCGGCCAGCCGCUGGGAGUCCACGAUACGAACACGGUGCGCGCGCGAGUGCGACAAUGGCAGCAAGAAGGCGGCGGAGUUAUUACGAUCAAUGACGGUGUCUACGAUGACGAUGACGAAGAAAAUAAACCGAAAACGACUCCGAAACCCAAACCCAAGGCCGAAAAAGUGAAGGCUGAUAAGGUGGAGAAGCCAAAAGAGAAAGAGAAAGAGAAAGAAAAAGAAAAAGAGAAAGAAAAACAAAAACCUCAACAAACCAGGAAGCGCAGCCAUAGCACUCCGCGCAAACGUGUCAUUAGUGAUGAGCACUGGCGGAGGAAUCGAUCCAAUACCCAAACCUCUACCCGGAAUCUGCCCGUUCCCAAACGAAUCAACGAAUACACGACAAAUGAAGGGACAGGGUCUCCGCGCGCAAAACGAGACAAUGAUAAGGACGAGCUGGAAAGGCCCAGGCGGGGUCCACGUCGAGAUACAGUCGCAUCGAAAUCCCCCAGUCGCGAAGCAAAGCACUCGACCCCGCGCAAGGCAGAUACCGAGUCCGUGGCGGACAGCGACUUGGAGACCGACCUGCCAAGGUCCACAGCAUUGUCAGAUAUCCCAGAAGCGUCAAAGAGGGAAUCACCACCUCCAGAUGAUGUGGAAUGGGCAAAGAGCGAGGCCGACUUUACCGAGUUGUCGCGACGGCGAGCUCGUGGCCAACCCUCCCGUGGGCAUGCGAAGGUACCAAAGGGGGGGAUCUUUGCGCAGAUUGUGGACGAGUCCAGGAAAAUGUUCAAACUACCAGAACCAGAGCCACCGAGGCCUACUCCUGUCCCGCCUGGACAACGUGGAGCCAAGAUCGAGGCAUGGCUGUCAGACACGCCCGAUCCUUUCCUCGAUAAUGAGUCGAAAAAUGACAUGCCGGGUCCUCUAGAUAUCAAAUCAGCACGUGCACGACGAUCAAGGAGACUGGCAGAUGAUGAAAGCACGAUUCUAUCUUCAUCCGAGCUGUCCUUAGAGAGUGAGUCUCGCCCGAAGAGCUCACACAGCCGUCAUUCAAGAGACAAGGAUAGUAUCUCUGAGAAGCGGAAGUCGCUAGAUCGCGACUCCACAUCAGAAGGCAGACUGUCAAGCAUCGGCAAAGCUCCGAGACCGAUGCCACUCAGACUUCGAGAAGAAAAAUUGCGCGACAAGCCAUACGAAGAAAGCACUCUGAGCUUGGAUUCGGACUUACAGACAGUCUCAGAGGGAUCUGAAGUCUCUGCCAAUAAUGCGCCUGUCCCGCUAGGCCGCAAGAAAGCAUUCCCAAGCACCGGAGGUCAUCGCUUGUCGACAAUCGCCUCUGCUGAAACCCUCAGUACUCUUCUUGAAGAGUCAUCCGUCUCUCAGAAAGCCCCUAAAGAAAAGACACUGGAAGAGACCGAAGAGGCAGCCGAGGAGAAGGACAAAUUUGAUCCCGAGUCUCUCCCUGCAGUCUCUUCACAACUGAAACGACGCCUGACUACCCAUAACGAUCUCAUGUCAGUUCUGUCAGUUCCCACCGGCCGAAGCAGAAGCAUCCGAUCUGCUCGAAGUAUCCGCACAAAUAAGAGCCGUCUGGCCAGUGCGACGGUCCCAGACAUCAUGGCCGAACUCUGUGCAGAUGAGACGAAGUAUAUGCGCGAGCUCAAGACACUCGUGGGUGGUGUGAUUCCGGUGCUGUUGACCUGUGUGUUGUCACGCUCCGACGCCGCGAUUGCUGCUGGUCUAUUCCGGCCCUCUAUGGACCCCAAAGACGACAUGAACUUCUCUAAACCCAUUGUCAACAUGGGAGUCGCAAUUGAACGUUUGAAGACUCUGCACAAGCGUAUCCCGCAAGACAACCCGGAUGCACUGCUUACGUGGGCCCAAGGCGCGCAAAGAGUGUACCGUGAAUACCUCAAAGCGUGGAGACUUGGGUUCAAGGAUGUUAUCGUCAACCUUGCACCGCUGGAAGAAGGCGAGGAAGACAAUGGCGACACAAAGAGUCUUGAUGAGGGUAUGGAGCGUGAUGAGAAUGGCGACGUGGUCGAUGCCGACGGCGAGAAGGUGGAUGUCGCUUAUCUGCUGAAGCGACCUUUGGUACGACUCAAAUAUCUCGCCAAAAGCUUCAAGGGAAUCAACAUCCUGCAGCCGUCAACCAAAGCAGAAGAAACCGCAAAUGCCUACCAAGCGCUUGUGGUAGAUGCACGAAAACGUACACGGGAGGAACGAGCGAGGCUCGAGGACGAGUCCGCCGCAAACAUUGACCCGACUCGCGCCAGGGACCCAAUGACAUUGGGAAUACUUCAAAAUAUCUCAGUUGAUCAGACCCGCCAUGUCCGGGCCCGCGACUUUUUCAAUCUGUCUCUGUACCACUCUAGUGGCCAAUUAGUUGACUGUCGGGCGGAAUUGUUAUACCGAGACAACGCAUCAAACGAUGGCCCCGGAGGCGACUUGUUGAUAUGUGAAAUCGACCAUUCGGAUCGCUGGCUCCUUUUCCCGCCUAUGGAUGUGCGCUGCGUCUCAGCCCGCAUUGGCGAGACAAAAGGCGAGAUUGUGAUGAUGCUGCGCAGCACAGCGAAUGAAGAGAAAUAUUGGCAAGAGUUGAUUUCCCUUCGUAUCGAUGAAGUGGAAAUCGGCGCGGAAUGGGUGCAGCUCUUAGGAUCUGAUCCUGUUCCUCCUGCAAUCUUCCGAACUCAAAGCUUCAUCAGUCGAGCUAAACAGCAUAAAGCUCGCAAGUCUUCAGUCAGCGACUCUCCCCCGCGAAACAACUCUAGCGACGUUGAUAUCCCAAUUGGUGAGAAGGCGACAAGCCAGCGGCGCUCUUUGACCCCCAAGGAGCACUACUCUGAGCCCAGUACAGUGAGCUCCGCCACAGAUAACAGGAGUUCCUUAAUAUCUACAGCUACUCGGGAAACCGACUAUACUACGGGAGGUUCUGAACUGUCGAACAAGCAAGCUCGUUCAGGUCUAGAACUUCUUCCAUCAAGGGCAAGCCCUGAAAAGGCAUCUAAUGGCCUGAAGAGGUCCAAAGCGCAGAGGCACUCCCGCUAUGGUGACUAUGGAGAUAGUCCAGCUUCUGACGAUGCAUCUCCACAGACUGUUGUUUCAGACAGGGCGGUUGAGUCCACACCCGCUGCAGAUUCCCCCGCCGCGAACAGGUUCUACGGCAGCGAUGUGAAGAAUGCCAUCAGACCGGCCGACUCAGUCAGAGAAAGAUCUCCUCCUAAGUCUCCCCCAAAGACGCCUCGCACACCCCGCAGAGAAUCUCCAGAGCCUGAGUCCCCCAGAGUAUCAUCUGUGCCAUCCGCAUAUCUCCCUCAGAUACCCAAGAUCCGAAGCACCAGCAGCCAAACCCAUUUAUCGGCUCCAUCCAGUAUUGGAACCGAGGGAGAGGAAGAAGACUACCCUCCUCUGGAGUCUCUGCCUGAGCAAGAACAGCCAGAGACACCCACUCGUUCACGACAUAGGAAAUCCCGGCGGAAGUCAAAGCACGAUGAUGCCCCUCCGCCUCCACCACCUCAUCGCUCGCCAAGCUCGAAACUUUCUCCGGCACCUGUUCUCAGCCCUGCUGGUGUCAAGCUCAAGCGACGUGGUUCUUCUCCUUUGAAGCACGAAUAUGAACCCUCUACGGCUUCAGACUCUUACUCGGACACAGAUUCGGACGCAUCGACCGUGCGCCAUUACAGUUACUCGUCCUCGGAAUACUCGAGGGACGAUGAGUCUGAGUCUGAGUAUUCGUCGGAGUCAGAACAGGAAGAAGACCUUCCUAGGCCGAAGAUUCGUGGGCCUGCCUCCACAGGGACAAGCUCUUUGUCUCCUUCCAACUCUGCCUCUCAGAGUGGCUACAGAACGGUGCCACUGCAACCUGGCAAGUCAACCAAGGUGAUUGCCUUUAUUUUUGCUUGGUCUAGCAAGGGAAAUUGGGAGACCCUGCUUCCUGACGAAUGCAAAAUCACCGUCAGUCCCGGACUGAUUGAAGCGUUCAAGAUGAAUGCCGAUUCCCACUCGACAUCCCCGUCAAGGUCAUCGCGGCCUCUUAUUUCAAUGGAACUCACACCACUUGUCCCUAUCCGCCGGGGAACUGCCAUUGACAUCAGCAUUCGCUCCCCUCCCACCGAGCGAUCCCAGAUCACCUCUAGUAACAACAUUAUGUUCCGAUCCCGCAACCCUGACGACUGCGACGCUCUUUACGCUCUUAUCAACCACGCCCGAAUCAACAACCCCACUUACAUCGCUCUCCAGAACGCCCGCGGUCCCUUCAACGACCACGAACUACCCAACUACGACCCGGAACCCAAGUCCGGCGGAAGCUGGUUCGGCUUCCCCCGCCGCAGAAAGAGCUACCGCGCUUCCAGCUCUCCACGCUCCCUCGCCGAAGGCUCCGAAAGCAGCGUCGGAACCAUGAGCAGCGCCUUCUCCGCACUCAAGCGCUUUGGUGGCGGCAGCAAGAUGUUCAACAUCUCCCGCUCUACCGUUGAAUCUCGCAGCGGCCGCGAAGGCAGCAUGUAUUCCGGCGACGGCGACGCAGACUUGGCCUCACCAUCUGGCGGUAUUGGCCGCAUUGCCGCAGCCAUCAAGGGCGCCGACGGCAUCGGUCUGUCAAACGCUAAGAUCCGCCUCUACCUACGCGAAACUGCUUCUAAAUGGCGCGACAUGGGCGCUGCUCGUCUGACCAUCAUGCCCGCCCCUCCCAAAACCCCAUCAUCUCGCCCUGGGACCGCCGUCAGUGGCCGCAGCGAUGGAAGCGGAACGCACGACGGAGCCAGCUCAUCACCCAGCUCCGGCGCAGCCACACCGCGCACCACGGAGCCCGAGAAACGGAUCACAAUCCGCGGCAAGACCCGCAGCGAAGUCCUUCUAGAUGUUUGUCUUCCCGAGAGCUCGUUCGAGCGCGUCGCGCGCACCGGAAUUGCCGUAUCCGUGUACGAAGAGAUUGAAGGCGGCACAGUCGCCAAACAAGGCGGAGUCUCGCUCAACUCACAGCGAAUCUACAUGCUCCAGAUGAAAAGCGAAGCUGAAACGGCGUAUACAUUCGGCCUUGUUGGGAAACUGCGGUAUUAG